AUGGAUCAUAAUUCAACAUUUGUUUACGCGGCUCAACGGAGAAUUGUUGAAUUUCUAAAAGAAAACUAUUCGCGCGUGAAAAAAAUAAACUACGUCAGUGACGGUGCUGUUAGUCAUUUUAAGAAUAAUAAUACAAUCAAGAAUCUGAUUUAUCACAAAAAGGAUUUCGGCCUGCAGACAGCCUGGACAUUUUCUGCAGCAGGCCAUGGCAAAAGUCAGUGCGACGGAAUCGGUGCAAUGGUAAAAGCAACGGCAACACGCGCUGCUCUACAAGGUAGCUCAGGUGCUAAUAUUCAAACAGCUCUCGACUUUUGGAAUUUUACUUUUGAUGCAAAUGAUCGAUCUGAACUUAAUGAGCCCAGUCCUAUUGAAAGUUAUUUUAUACCAACAGAACGUGUUGAUAAGUUAUUCAAAGAAAAAUUAGAAAAACGAUGGAAAGACGAUGCUAACAUAAAAUUGACUGGCAUCCGAAAAUAUCAUCAAUUCAAUUCUCUGCCGGGUGGAAGGCUAUCCUGUAGAACGGUAUCCACAUCAUCGAAAGAGUUUUAUUUCCGUUUUAAAUCAUAG